AAAAUAUCAGUGCCUCCUCAAUCUUCUCUGUAAUCCAAGCAGCCUCUCUGCUCACAGAGCGAGAGACUCUCAACCCUCUCUAAUCAAACCCCAACAACAACAACAACAACAACAACAGAUUCUCCCCGGCGGCCACGAUCCAGCUGACGUCAGAAUUGAGCCCGAUUCUGUUAGGUUUUGACAGCAUAGGUGGAUUCAGAUGGAGGCCUGCAACUGUAUCGAGCCGCAAUGGCCGGCGGAUGAGCUCUUGAUUAAGUAUCAGUACAUUUCAGACUUUUUUAUCGCCCUUGCGUAUUUUUCGAUUCCUCUAGAGUUGAUAUACUUUGUCAAGAAAUCGGCCGUGUUUCCCUAUAGAUGGGUGCUUGUCCAGUUUGGUGCUUUUAUUGUGCUCUGCGGCGCCACCCAUUUGAUUAACUUGUGGACUUUCAACAUGCAUUCUAGGACCGUGGCCAUAGUUAUGACCACUGCCAAGGUCCUCACUGCCGUGGUGUCGUGCGCCACGGCGCUGAUGCUUGUGCAUAUAAUUCCUGACUUGUUGAGUGUUAAGACUAGGGAGUUGUUUUUGAAGAAUAAGGCCGCGGAGCUUGAUAGGGAAAUGGGGCUGAUUAGGACUCAGGAGGAGACCGGUCGCCAUGUUAGGAUGUUGACUCAUGAGAUUAGGAGUACGCUCGAUAGGCAUACUAUAUUGAAAACUACACUUGUGGAGUUAGGUAGGACUUUGGCGUUGGAAGAGUGUGCGCUGUGGAUGCCCACGCGUACUGCUUUGGAGCUGCAACUGUCCUAUACACUUCGUCAGCAGAAUCCAGUAGGAUAUACAGUGCCCAUACAUCUUCCUGUGAUUAAUCAAGUGUUUAGUAACAACCGUGCCGUGAAGAUAUCACCGAAUUCCCCUGUGGCGAGAAUGAGGCCUCUCGCGGGAAAGCAUAUGCCUGGAGAGGUUGUUGCUGUUCGCGUCCCUCUCCUGCACCUCUCAAACUUCCAGAUCAAUGAUUGGCCAGAGCUCUCAACAAAACGCUAUGCUUUGAUGGUGUUAAUGCUCCCUUCUGAUAGUGCAAGGCAAUGGCAUGUGCAUGAAUUAGAGCUGGUUGAGGUCGUUGCCGACCAGGUAGCAGUUGCUCUAUCACAUGCUGCUAUCUUAGAAGAGUCAAGGAGGGCAAGAGAUCUACUAAUGGAGCAGAAUAUUGCCCUUGAUCUGGCUAGGAGGGAAGCCGAAACGGCAAUUCGUGCUCGUAAUGAUUUCUUGGCAGUAAUGAACCAUGAAAUGAGAACUCCCAUGCAUGCAAUCAUUGCUCUUUCUUCGUUGCUUCAGGAAACUGAGCUGACACCGGAGCAGCGGUUAAUGGUUGAAACAAUAUUAAAAAGCAGUAACCUUUUGGCUACCCUUAUAAAUGAUGUAUUGGAUCUUUCAAGACUUGAAGACGGAAGCCUUCAACUUGACAUAGCAACCUUUAACCUCCAUUCCGUAUUCAUAGGGGUUCAUAAUUUGGUUAAGCCUGUUGCAUCUGUUAAAAAGUUGUCAGUUACAUUAAAUUUAGCAGCAGAUUUGCCGGUGUAUGCUAUAGGUGAUGAAAAGCGCCUCAUGCAAAUUAUUCUAAAUGUUGUUGGGAAUGCUGUGAAGUUUUCAAAAGAAGGGAGCAUUUUGAUUACUGCUUUUGUUGCGAAAUCAGAAUCUCUAAGAGAUUUCCGUGCUGCUGACUUUUUUCCUGUUCAAAGUGAUAAUCACUUUUAUCUGCGUGUACAGGUAAAAGAUUCUGGAUCUGGAAUCAGUUCCCAGGAUCUCCCGAAGCUAUUCACCAUAUUUGCACAUAAUCAGUCAUUAGCUACUCGAAAUUCUGGUGGUAGUGGGCUUGGUCUUGCAAUUUCUAAGAGAUUUGUAAAUCUUAUGGAGGGGCAUAUUUGGAUUGAAAGUGAAGGUCUGGGAAAGGGAUGCGCUGCCACUUUCAUUGUGAAACUCGGCUAUCCGGAGCGAUCAAAUGAGUGUAAGCUGCCUUUUGUGCCUAAGAUGCAAGCAACUCAUGUUCAAACAAACUUUCCAGGGUUGAAAGUUCUUGUCAUGGACGAUAAUGGAGUCAGCAGAUCAGUGACAAAGGGACUGCUUGAGCACCUGGGAUGUGAUGUAACAGCCGUAAGUUCAAGUGAUGAGUUCUUGCAAGUUAUUUCACAGGAUCACAAGGUGGUAUUCAUGGAUGUGUGUAUGCCUGGCAUUGAUGGUUAUGAACUAGCCGUCCAGAUCCAUGAUAAGUUUACAAAACGUCAUGAACGACCGGUAUUAGUUGCACUUACUGGAAACAUAAACAAGAUGACAAAGGAGAGCUGCAUGAGGGUUGGUAUGGACGGAGUUAUUCUAAAACCUGUUUCGGUUGAUAAAAUGAGGAGUGUUUUAUCAGAACUACUAGAGCACCGGGUUCUAUUUGAGGCCAUGUAAGCAUGCAGGAACAUUGCUGCAGCUUAGAAAGUCUUCAAGGUAACUGAAAGUCUUCAAGCUAUAGUUCCUUGCAGAAGCUAUAGUGUUCUAUUAUGUACAUAGAAUGUGGCAUUUUUAUUCCAAGACAAUAAAUACUGGAUUAAUGUUUUGCUGGAGGAAAUUGUAUGUUAAAAGCUGUCUCCAUAUAUGUAUCCUCUUUCUGUGCAAUAGUUACAAGAUAGAAGCAAAUUAAAUGAUGACCCAUUAAUGUUAACUGAUUAUUGUCUCACUGGAAGCAUAGAGAAAUGUAAUAUUUUCCUAUUUUUUGCUA